GCUUACUUUACGCAAUUAUUCGUUAUUGUAUCUGAAUGUAAAAAAGACAUAUCAGUAUAGCAUAAUGAAAUCGCUAGCAGCAUUGAGUUUUUUAGUUUGGUUCACUACGUCAGAAGCAUCAUACGCUCCCAAAGUUGAGUUUCAGUGGAACUACAUUAAUUUCACGUGGCCAGAUCAAGACACCAUUCGUAAUCAGUCUUAUAUAGUGGAAAACAAUUCGAUCUCCGGAAUCAAGGUAUGGAAGGAUCGCAUCUAUUUGACAAUACCCCGCUGGAAAAAGGGUAUCCCAGUGACAUUAGCAUCGAUUCCGGUGGCUUCGGGACCCUCACCACUUCUCGAGCCUUAUCCCGAUUGGGAAAUGCAAAAGCUGGACGAUUGCUUGUCCUUUCAGUUUGUGCUUGGCGUGGAAAUCGAUCCCAUUGGUAGAAUGUGGAUCAUUGAUAACGGGCGCACUGAGUUGCUGGCAUCAGAACCAAGAAUCAACUGUCCACCUAGGUUGGUCGUGUUGGAUCUGGAAAAAGAGGGGCAAGUUAUUUUCAGUUACGUUUUUCCGGAAGAAGUGGCUCAUUGUGACUCUGUUCUUUUGAACGAUAUCGUUUUAGAUCAUGAGGAUAGUGGCAUGGCUUACAUUACUGAUACUGACGACCAGGAUCCGGGUAUUAUUGUGUUCUCUUUGGAAAACAUGACAUCCUGGAAAGUCAGGGAUGAGUCGAUGAGGGGAAAUGACGAAGCAUCGGAAUUAAUCGUCAAUGGGACAAAAUUGGUUGUUAAAUCACCAGUGAAUGGAAUAGCAUUGGAUCCAGUGUCUGUGACAGAGAAUCGAUCGGUCUAUUACACAGCGUUGUCAUCAUAUGAAAUUUUUACGAUUCCUACAUCAGUAUUGAAAAAUCCAAACCUUACAAACGAAACAUACUCUGGCUAUGUUCAAUCGUUGGGGAAAAAAGGAUCUCAAAGUGAUGGAAUAGGAAUGUCUGCCUAUGGAGUUCUAUACUUUGGUCUUUUAGCCAAAGAUGCAGUUGGAAUGUGGGAUACGAAAAAAAAGCCGUUUACCGAAAAUCAAAAUAUUUUAGUUGAGGAUCAUGAAAUAAUGCAGUGGCCAAACUCUUUUGCUUUCGACACCAAGGGACGAAUUUGGUUUAUUAUUAAUAAAAUGCAAAAGUUUAGAACAAAUUCAAUGGACAUGAACAUUAUCAAUUACAGAAUUAUAACGGCUAAUGUGUCUUCUCAUAAUUAUCAGUACUGGAGAAAUGGCAGUUAUCCAUCAAUGCCACUUAUAGAGGUUUGAAAAAGUGAAGAAAGACAAUAAAAUUUAAAGUAAAAAAAGAUUUAUCUUAAAA